AUGGCGGAGAAGCCGUCGGUGUUGAUUAUCGGCGGUCUCGGCUACAUUGGCCGUUUCCUGGCCCUCCACAUACACCAGAACAAGCUCGCCUCCGAGGUGCGCAUCGUCGAUAAGGUCCUCCCGCAGCUGGCAUGGCUGCCCCCCGAGUUUGAGGAGGCGUGUGCCGGCCCCAAGUUUGUGCAGGCCGAUGCGAGCAGAGAACAAUCGCUCCCCAGGAUAUUCGACAGGGCCGACGGGAAACAGUGGGACUACGUCUUCAACUGCGGCGGCGAGACGCGCUACUCGCAAGAGGAUGAGGUGUAUAAGCUGCGGUCGCUCAACCUCUCGCUCAACGUGGGCAGGGAAGCAGCCAAGCGGGGUGUCAAAUGUUUUGUCGAACUGAGCACGGGCAUGGUCUACAAGUCGGACUCGGCGCCGAGCAAGGAAAACGACAAGCUCAAGCCGUGGAGCAAAAUUGCCGUGUUCAAACUGCAGGCGGAGGAGGAGCUGGCAAAGAUAGACGGACUAAAUCUCGCCAUCGUCCGGCUCCCUCAUGUCUACGGCCCGUACGCGUCGCAAUGGGUGGCGACGGCGCUCUGCAUGGCGCGCGUGUACAAGGCGCUCGAGUCCGAGAUGAAGUGGUUGUGGACCAAGGAUCUGCGGACCAACACGGCGCACAUCCAUGACGUGGUGCGGGCGCUGUGGGCCGUCGCGGGCUGGUACGCCGGCGGCGGCAAGGACACGUGGGACGCCAAGGCCAUGGGCAGCGCCGUGCCAAUCUUCAACGUGGUCGACAAGGGCGUCACGACCCAGGGCGUCAUGGCCGACAUCAUCGGUCAGGUGUUUGGCAUCGAGACGGGCUUUCAGGGGCAGCUCAUUAGCACUUUCGCCAAGCUCAACCUGGACAGCGUCGUCGACGACGUCAAUGACGAAUUGCUGGGUCCAUGGGCCGACCUGCUUGCGGAGGCUGGCAUCACGCGGCCGGGCCCGCUGACGCCGUUCAUGGAGAGGGAGCUGCUUAAGGAUACCGACCUCAGCAUGGACGGGUCGAGGUUAGAAGAGGUGGUUGGCUUCACGUACGAGAAGCCGAAGAUCUCUAAGGAGCUCGUCGAGGAGGUGAUAGAGAGCUACAAGAGGAUGAACUGGUGGCCUUGA